UAAUUUUUUGGAUGAAAUAAAAAGCAGAAGAACAAUAAGAAGAAAAAGGUUGGUCCGAUCCACACACACUGUGAUCUGAUCAAAGAGAGAAGAAGAAAAUUAAUUAAGAUGAUGAAUUUUGAUCAGCCACAACAACAACAACCUCACGACAAAAGAGGUUACACAACCGUAAAAAACAAUGAAGAAUUCGAUAUCGAAUCUGGUGAAACCCUCUACCCAGGUCUCUCCCUUGGUGAUAAUCAACUCCGUUGGGGUUUCAUCCGUAAAGUCUACGGAAUCCUCUCUGCUCAGAUCCUUCUUACAACCAUUGUUUCCGUCAUCACCGUUUUCUAUACUCCCCUCAAUCUUCUCCUUAGGGGCAAUUCUCCCCUUCUCUUGUUCCUCGUCUUUCUCCCCUUCAUCUUUUUGAUCCCUUUGUUGAGGUACCAACAAAAGCAUCCUCAUAAUUACAUUUUGCUUGGAUGUUUCACCUUGUCUAUUAGCUUAACUGUUGGAGUCACCUGUGCCAACACCGACGGAAAAAUUGUCCUUGAGGCGUUGAUUUUGACAUCUGCGGUGGUUUCAUCUCUUACUGGCUAUGCCUUUUGGGCUUCCAAGAAGGGCAAGGAUUUUAGCUACCUUGGCCCUCUCUUGUUCACAUGCCUCUUUACUCUUGUCCUCACCGGCAUGAUGCAGAUGUUCUUCCCUCUCGGGCCAGCAGCACAUGCUAUCUAUGGUGGAAUUGGUGCUAUGAUUUUCUCUGCAUAUAUUGUCUAUGAUACCGACAAUCUGAUCAAGCGCUUCACUUAUGAUGAAUACAUUGGGGCCUCUGUCACUCUUUAUCUCGACAUUUUGAACUUGUUCCUUUCCAUCUUGAGGAUUCUGAGGGAGGCAAACAAUUAGUCAUUGUUCGUGAAUUGAGGUUGACUAAAAAUAAGUAAGAGUAUUUAAUUGCAUUGCAACUUUGUGGUGUUGUAAGUAAGCAUUCUGGAGAUAAACAAUGCUUCUCUAGUAUUCCUUUACAAUUGACAGACAGAUAAUACUUUUGGUCAGAUGGAAAAGUUGUUAGCUUUACAAUUGUAUUAAAGUGUGAUAUAAGAAUCUCAUAUGAGAAUUGUUCUUUUCACUUUGAAUUUAAUGCUCUCUCUCUCUAUAUAUAUUAUACAUAGGUUAUCAUACCAUCACCCUGGUAUUGUAUGUAGAGAAUUGUGAUAUCAUUGUUGGUGUUAUGUAAAAUGCAAGUCAGAACACAAUAAUUUGCAAAGACUUCGGUGCUUUGUGAAACUGGUGAUGAUAACUGUAUAGUUUUUAUAUCUGAUUUUGCUUUGGGGCAUUCAAGUCCCCUAAUGUUUGAUUGUA